GGAAAAUGUUUAUAAAUUUGUUUAAGAAGAAACCAAUUAUAAAAAAUUCUUCUGAAUCGUCAUACACGAGUAACUUCAGUGAUGGAGUAUCGGGGGGUAAGGUAAUAAAAAAGUCUCGGGAUGCGGUCGUUCAGGAUGCUGAGUCAUUGUGGGAUUGCAGAGACCGAAUUUUGUUGAGUGUGCGAAAGAUAAAGACCAAAGAUCAAGUCGAGAAGGAAGUCGAGAAAGAUAAAGUUAAUAAGCAACUUGAAGAAGCACCUAUAAUCGUCGAGGAAUUUCAGACUGACAUCACAACAGCGAACCUAAAGGUUAAUGUUUCAAGUCAGACAAACGAUCAAUCAAUGGGCCUGGUGGUUACGUUUAAGUCAACGACUGAUAAGAGUCAACAGACGAGCACCGAAAAAUGCAUAAAACGCGUUGCAAAAAAGACCAUACUUCCGCCUGUGAUUAAACCUCAGAAUAUUAAAUGGGAUGAAAGUUGUACACCAAUGAAAGAAUAUACCACAUAUAACUCUAUAAUUCACAAGCUGUGUCAACUGAAAACGAGUAAUAUGACAUUUCCAAGACAUGUCGUGAAUAGGAUACUCUCGCCGGUAAGCAAAUUGGUAUAUGUAAUAUACGCGUGGUCUUUAAAUGUCAUAAGACAGCGGUGAAUAAGAAUGUACUUUAUGUUAAUGUCCAUGACUGUAUAGUGUAUACUGUAUACCUAUUAUUGGUGACUUACAUAAUAAAUUUGUAUUCUAUUGUAUAUAAAAAAAUAGUAUUAAAAACAGGUGAUUAUUUAA